CAGUCGUACCGUAGACUUCUAACAGAGUAAACGUGUCCAACGCUACAAUUCUACGCCAUUCACAUUGGAUAUUUCGUCAUAACAACAUUGUGAUAGUGACAAAGAUCUUUAAGGACGUGAAAAGUGGGAGUGUAUUUGAUUCUAGUAUUUUUUGAAACUGUGAACUAAGCAGCCAGACUUGUGUAUUGCCGUUUAAGUGAUAUUAUGACAUUGUUCCCACUAUUUGGAUAAUUCCGACCAAGGAGUUCUCAAAUACCGCAAAUAUUUUCAACCACAGUGAAGAUUCGUGCGGGCCGGGCGUCGUCCGCCGCAACAUGGUCGCCGAGUUCAUACUGAGCCAGCAGCAGCUGCUGGGAGCCGGGGGCGCCGCGCUGGGCCAGCCCCCCACACCCAACCGCGCGCCGCCGAUACCCCGCGGCCGCCUCUCCGUAUCACCACACUUCCCGAUGGACCAGGGCCCCAACGGGCCCGGGCCCGACCCCAAUGACUACCCCAACUCGUUCGAGUUCAACAAGCGCAAGGAGUUCUUUGGGCAGCGCAAGCAACGCGAGUUCAUCCCCGACAACAAGAAGGACGACGGCUACUGGGACCGUCGGCGGCGGAACAACGAGGCCGCCAAGCGCUCCCGCGAAAAACGCCGCUUCAACGACAUGGUGCUCGAGCAGCGCGUCGUAGAGCUCUCUAAGGAGAAUCACGUGUUGAAGGCGCAGCUCGAUGCCAUCAAGGAGAAGUACGGAAUCUGCGGCGAGACCCUGAUCAGCAUUGACCAAGUAUUAGCCACGUUGCCGACGUGUGACCAGGUGCUGUGCGUCACUAAGAGGAGCAAGCUGUCGAGCUCGUCGCUGUUCCCGGCGCCGCCGCCGCCGCCGCCCGCGCCCCCCGCGUCGCCGCCCUCCCCGCCGCCGCAGCGCGCGCCCGAGCCCUACCAGGAGCGGCUGCCGGCCCCUGAGGCGUACUACACGCACCCCGCUCACUACGAGCCCCCCGGUUCAGUGCUGAACCUGUCCAGAUCUCGCCGCGCGCCCUCCCCCUACGAGCUGUCCUCGCUCUCCGGCUCCGGAGACGAGAACGCCGAGCAGUACGCGCCGGAAAAUAACGGCCUACCCCUGAAACUCCGCCACAAAUCGCACCUCGGCGACAAGGACGUCGCGAGCGCCCUCCUCUCCCUCCAACACAUCAAGCAGGAGCCGGGCCCGCGGUCGUCACCCUCCUGGGACGGCGAGGGCUCCAGCGAUGAGCGGGACUCGGGCAUCUCUCUGGGCGCGGAGUACAGGCCACAGGAAGGCAGGCUCGCAGAGGAGGAGGACGCGCACCUGAAGGCGGAGCUGGCGCGGCUGGCGACGGAGGUGGCCACGCUCAAGAACAUGAUGCACCAAAACAAGGCGCGCGCACACGAGCACUGAGCCGGCCCCCGCGGCCCGCGCCUGCCCCCGGCCGCGCCUGGACCGCGCGGCCGCUGUCCGCGACCUCGCGACGUGUCGUGCCGUACAAACUGUCUCCUACCCUCCCAGUAGAAGUUACCACGUUGUAAACAGAUGACUAUUGUAUAUGUGCAGCUGUUAGCGGCCAAGCCGCAUCGCCUAAUUUUAAUCCUUCCUAGUAGAUGUAUGUGGUCGGUGUCGUAUAAGGUAGGAAUGCCAGUCGUAGCCGACGCGUGUUGGUGGACCCUUCUGUAUGAAAACGAGACUAAUAUUCGGUUUACAGACUUUUCGAGCAGAUAAAACUUGUCUACUCAAGUGAUAGGAUAUAAAAAAAAUGCAUUUUUAGUGAUGAGCUAUGUAUGUAAAUGUAAUAUAAUAAGUGCAGUAGAUCUGUUUCAUCUAUUCGAAGACUCGUAGUAGAAAAUCGAUUGCUAAAGACUUCUUUAAGUUAGCUCUAAGAUUGAUGUAAGUAAAGUUAAGUCCAACAUAGAAUUAUUUAUAAAAUAAAUGUAUAGUCUUUCUCAUUCGGAAUAUCCUUAAGUUCCAAACCAAAACAAAUUGUACGCUAGGUCCGCAAUUAGCUGUCUUGGAAUCGCAAAAUAAUGUUAAGACCCUUAACUCCUAUUGUAUCGCAGAUUGUAUCAGAAUAAGAAUACCAGUGCCUUUGACAAUACAUACCUACCUAUAAAUAGUCCUUUAAAUAAUAUUUUUGUACAUUUGCUAAAAAAAGCGAUUUCAUUUUUUAAUUCUGUAAAUAUAAGUCAGUAUCCUUACUAUGCUCCUUAAAAACAAUACGGUCUGUCUUGGUAUUUAUGACAUGCAUCGCGCAGGCGCGCUAGCAUUUCGAAUAAGUAGUAGUUUCUCAUCGAUUGUGUUUCUGGAGGCAUGGUAGGGGACACAAAAAUUAAUGUAUCAGAUCCUAAGAAGGCUAGUUCGAAGUAUUGCACUAUGUAAGUUGACUCCUAGUAUUGCCCAAAGGGCACGUGAUACGACUGAAAGGAGUAAAAACUAAGUAUUUAUUUAUUCGGACCGCGAAAGAAUUUACAAUUUAUUAUCUUUGUAUAAGAAACUCUAUACGAUAUGAAUAAAUUGUGUACAUUACAAGUAAA